UUAUCGGAACAAGUUCAACUAGAUUACUCGUUCCAAAAUUGUCACUGAUUUAGUCGAGCCGCAAACAAUUGUUUAUAAAUAAAAUAAAAUGCAGUCAAAUAAAUAUAAAGAGUUGCUUCAACAGCUGGAAAGUGAGGAGUUGGAGCACAUUGAACUUACUCCUGAAGUCUAUCAACAAUUAAUGGCCAUUUAUUUAUAUCAAAAUGAAUUAUCAAAUGCAAAGUUGCUUUGGAUGCGCAUACCAGACAAGUUAAAAGUUGAAAAUAAGGAACUGGCGCAGCUAAAUCUUUUGAAUCUGGCCCUGCAUCAUAACAAUUAUGCCGAUUUUUUCAAGCACAUCAAUUACAAUUGGAGCGAAAAUGUCAAAAGCACCAUUGAUGAUCUCUUUGCCAAACAACGAGAGGACAUAUUUACAUUAACCGGCAAUGCUUAUGUCUCGAUAUAUGAAGAACAUCUGCUCGACAUGGUGCAAAUGGCACCCAAUGAAUUGAGAACACAUUGCGCCUCAUUGGGUUGGACCCAAGAACAAGAUGGCGAUAGGGUUAUUUGGUUGCCCAAAGCAAAGGAAAUUGUACCCGUCCGUGGCAACGAUGAUCAAUUGCUUAAACUAACUGAAUUUGUGACAUUCUUAGAAAAUUAAGCUCAUUAAAAUUUAAUAAGUUGAUUUAAUCCUCUAA